AUGCGUCAACUGCUUCUUCUGGUGACUGGAACCUUUGACCACGCAGACUGUUUUUAAUUUUCAGGAAAGUAAAGAAAUCGUUAGGACUUAGAUCGGGACUAUAUGGAGGAGGGUCCAAUAAUUCCACGUUUUCUUCCGUUAAAUACUGCCUUGUUUUUGGGCUGUGUGCGAGCUUGCAUUGUCUUGGUGGAGGAUGAUUCCUCUUUCGGGGUUGAUUUUUCGAAGCUCGGUGAUGACUUUUGGCAAACAAAUGGUGGUAUACCAAUCCGCAGUAACAGAUCUUUGCUCAUUAAGGGAAAUUGUUGCAAUAUGACCCGCUUUUGACACAAAUGUCGCGACCAUCUUUUUCGAAACACUUCGAGAACGGAUG